CAGACUUCUGUCUUCUGCUUCUCUCUUUCUGCCGUUCCUGACUUUGGUGGCUUCCCUGAGAUAGCUCAGUGGUACCUGGAGCCCGGCGGUUCCUGCUCCUUCCAGCAAUGACUCGAAGAGUCCUUCUGUUGACAGUGCUGACCUUGUGUCAUGGGUUCAACCUGGACACUGAAAGCUCAGUGAUCUUCCAAGUCAACGCAAAGGGCUUUGGGCAAAGUGUGGUCCAAUUUGAGGGAUCCCGGGUGGUGGUUGGAGCCCCCCAGGAGAUCAAGGCUGCCAACCAAUCGGGGGGCCUCUACCAGUGCGACUACAGCACGGGCACCUGUGAGCCCAUCCCCCUGCAGGUGCCCCCAGAGGCUGUGAACAUGUCCCUGGGCCUGUCUCUGGCAGCUGCUGCCAAACCCUCCCGGCUGCUGGCCUGUGGCCCCACUGUGCAUCAGAUGUGCAAGGAGAACAUCUACGCCAAAGGCUUCUGCUUCAUGUUUGGAUCCAAUCUCCUGCAACAACCCCAGAGGUUCCCAGAGAGCCUUAAAGAGUGUCCUCAGCAGGACAGCGACAUAGCCUUCUUGAUUGACGGCUCUGGUAGCAUCGACGAAAGGGACUUUCAGCGUAUGAAGAAUUUUGUCUCAACUGUGAUGGACCAACUCACAAAGUCCACAACCUUGUUCUCUUUGAUGCAGUACUCUAACAACUUCAAGACUCAUUUCACCUUCAAUGGUUUCAAAAAAGACCCUAACCCGGGACUUCUGGUGGGGCCAAUAGAACAGCUAAACGGUUGGACAUACACCGCCACGGCAAUCCGCAAAGUAGUACAAGAACUUUUUCACAGCACAAAUGGAGCCCGGAAGAAUGCCCUUAAGAUUCUAGUUGUCAUCACAGAUGGAGAAAAGUAUGGUGAUCCCUUGAAGUAUGAAGAUGUCAUCCCUGAGGCAGACAGAGAAGGAAUCAUCCGCUAUGUCAUUGGGGUGGGGCAUGCCUUCAACAAGCCAAAAUCCCGCAAAGAGCUUGAUACCAUUGCAUCCAAGCCACCUCGUGACCAUGUGUUUCAGGUGAAUAACUUUGAGGCUCUGAAGACCAUUCAGAAUCAACUGCAGGAAAAGAUCUUUGCCAUUGAGGGCACUCAGACAGGAAGUACCAGCUCUUUUGAAUAUGAGAUGUCCCAGGAGGGCUUCAGUGCUGCCAUCACCUCUAAUGGUCCCUUGCUGGGCACUGUGGGAAGCUUUGACUGGGCUGGUGGAGCUUUUCUGCAUACUUCAAACAAGAAAGUCAUCUUCCUCAAUACAACCAGGGUGGAUUCAGACAUGAACGAUGCUUACUUGGGUUACGCUGCUGAAGGCUUCAUGUGGAACCGGAUGCAGAGCGUGGUUCUGGGUGCACCUCGACAUCAGCACACAGGCCUGGUGGUGAUGUUCAUACAGAAUGCUGGCACCUGGGAGCUCAAAACUUUUGUCACAGGGAGCCAGAUCGGCUCCUACUUCGGGGCCUCCCUCUGCUCCGUGGAUGUGAACAAAGAUGGCAACACGAACCUAAUCCUCAUCGGGGCUCCCCAUUACUACGAUCAGACCCGGGGGGGCCAGGUGUCCAUCUGUCCCUUGCCCCGGGGGCGUGCUAAGUGGCAGUGUGAGGCCAUUCUCCGCGGGGAGCAGGGCCAUCCCUGGGGCCGCUUUGGGGCGGCCCUGACAGUGGUGGGGGACGUGAAUGGAGACAAGCUGAUGGACGUGGCCAUCGGGGCCCCGGGGGAGCAGGAGAACCAGGGUGCUGUCUACCUGUUUCAUGGAACCUCGGGACUGGGCAUCAGCCCCUCCCACAGUCAGAGGAUUGCAGCCUCCCAGAUCUCCCCCAGGCUCCAGUAUUUUGGUCAGUCGCUGAGUGGAGGCCAAGACCUCACAAUGGAUGGACUGGUAGAUCUGGCCAUAGGGGCCCAGGGACACAUGUUGCUGCUCAGAUCACAGCCAGUGCUGAGAGUUGAUGUGACUAUGGAGUUCACACCCAGGGAAGUGGCAAGGAAUGUGUCUGAGUGUCGUGAAGAGGUGGUGAAAAAUCAGAAUGCUGGAGCGGUCAGAGUCUGCCUCCGUGUCCGCAAGAACACAGGGGACAGGCUGAGAGAAGAUGAAAUCCAGAGCAUCAUCACUUACGACCUGGCUCUGGACCCCAGCCGCCCAAAUCCCCGUGCCAUCUUUGACGAGACAAAGAACAGCACACGCACGCAGACUCAGACCUUGUCGCUGACAACGAAAUGUGAGGUUCUGAAGCUACAGUUACCGGAUUGUGUAGAGGAUUCAGUGACCCCCAUCGCCCUGCGCCUCAACUUCACUCUGGAGGGGAAGCCCUUGUCCCUCCUUUGGGAAUCUCCGGCCGGGUGUUGGGCUGUGGAUGCUAAGAGACUCUUCACAGCCAUGUUCCCCUUUGAGAAGAAUUGUGGCAAUGACAGCAUCUGCCAGGACGAGCUCAGCAUCAUCUUCAAUUUCAUGAACCUGGACACUCUGGUGGUGGGUGGUUCCCGGGACCUCAAUGUGACGGUCACUGUGAGAAACCAGGGCGAGGACUCCUACAGGACUCAGGCCGCCUUCUUCUACCCACCGGGCUUGUCCUAUCGGAGGGUGUCAGGGGCCCAGAACCAGCGCUCUUGGCGAUCCUGGCGACUGAUCUGUGAGUCCAGCUCCUCCACUGAAGGGUCUGGGACCCUGAAGAGCAGCAUCUGCUACAUAAACCACCCCAUCUUCCCUGACGACUCGGAGGUCAUCUUCAAUAUCACGUUUGAUGUGGACCCUCAGGCUUCCCUUGGAAACAAACUAUUCCUCAAGGCCAAUGUGACCAGUGAGAACAACAUGCCUAGGACCAGCAAAACCGAAUUCCAGUUGGAGCUGCCUGUGAAAUAUGCUGUCUAUGUGGUGGUAUCCAGCCAGGAGAACUCAACCAAGUAUAUUAACUUCACAGCCUCAGAGAAAAGCAGCCGUGUGCUGGAGCAUCACUAUCAGUUCAACAACCUGGGGCAGAGGAGCCUCCCCAUCAGUGUAGUCUUCUGGGUCCCCAGCCAGCUGAGCCAGGAGGCCGUGUGGACUCACCCCCAGGUUAACUUCUCCCAGAAUGUCCACAAUUCCUGCCGCACCGAGCAAAGAGCCCCCUCUCGCUCUGACUUCCUGGCUGUGAUUAAGAAGACCCCAGUGCUGAACUGCUCUGUCGCGGUCUGCCAGAGAAUCCAGUGUGACAUCCCGGCCUUCGGCAUCCAGGAAGAAUUCAACGUCACCCUCAAAGGCAACCUCUCAUUUGACUGGUUUAGCAAGACUUCCCAGGACUCCAUCCUGCUUGUGAGCACUGCCGAGAUCCUGAUUAACGAGUCAGUGUAUGCUCUGCUUCCAGGACAGGGGGCAUUCGUGAGGGCCCAGACAGAGACCAAAGUGGAGCCGAACCGAGUUCAAAACCCUGUACCUCUCCUGGUGGGCAGCUCCAUCGGGGGGCUGGUGCUGCUGGCCCUUAUCACGGCCGGACUGUACAAGCUCGGCUUCUUCAAACGGCAGUACAAGGACAUGAUGAGUGAAGCUGGCCCCCAGGCAGCCCCGACUGAGUAGUGACUCCCUCCCACCGAGCGGCCUCUCCUGCAGCAGGCAGGACGUCGGUCAGACCCCAGGCUGCGGGGCAGACACGUCCAUUUGGAGACAGGAGUGAGAUGUCUCACCCAGGAGAGAACUGCUUGGUUUUCCAUUUGUGUGUGAGUGUGUGCAUGUGUGCGUGAGGCUCAGCUGUCUCUUGCAUGGAAGUAAUGUCUUCCACACAAGCUCUUGGGCAGAAGGAGAUUGCUUGGCUUCCUUGUGUGUGUGUGUGGGGUGAAGGUGCUGUUGGGUCUUCCUCUGGCACCGAGUUGAUGGCAACUCCUGUGGGUGAAAAAAAAAAAUGCAAAGGAUCCUCUCCCCGCGGAAGGAAGUGCAGACUCGCAGGAGCCUGUGCUGCUGGGAUUGAGACCACACAGAGAAGCCGGGGUCAACAGGAGCCCAUCCAAACCCAUUCCCCGUUAGAGCAGAUGGGCCCAAUAAAUAUCUCAAAUGAGGAAUGA